AUGGAGGAGAAUAGUGCUGUCACCGUGAAAUGGACAUCCCGUGUAGAGUUUGGUGUGGCGUUACUGGGAUAUUCCAUUGGUAUGCCGGAGUUCUGGAGAGUACCGUACCUUACGUACAGGAACGGAGGAGGUCCUUUCGUAAUCGUCUACAGCCUCCUGAUGCUGGUGUGCGGAUUUCCACUGUACUUCCUAGAACUAGCGCUGUCUCAGUAUUCUGGAAAAGGACCGUGGAGAUUUUGGGACAUUUGUCCGAUAUUGAGAGGAAUAGGCAUCGCUAUAGCAGUGAUAAAUUGUAUUUCUGGUAUUAAUACAGUCAUCCUAGAGGUCUGGGCAUUGGAGUAUUUCAUUAACUCGUUUACAGCAGUCCUGCCAUGGACUAACUGUGACAAUGACUGGAAUACCCCGGCGUGUUACAGGGAGGAUUCUAAUAUGGGUUCGGGAAACAUAUCCUUAUACAACUCAAGUUUAGAAAAUUACACAUUCAUGAACCUAACCUCCGAGACGGUAAAACUUGUAAAGAACGAGACCGUAUACCAUCCGGUGGAUUCCGUGGAAGAAUUCUGGCUAUAUCACAUCUUGAGGAUAUCUGAAGGAAUUAACGUCCUUGGAACAAUCAGUGUUGUAUUCGUGGCUUACCUGUUCCUAAUGCGACUAAUUGCCGCCAUCACUAUUGUGAAAAGUGUCGCCAGUUUGGGCAAGGUAUUGUAUAUAACAGCACUUCUACCUGUGCUUCUAGUCUUAGCGAUUUGGAUCCGAGCUUUGACAUUACCAGGAGCUUCAAAAGGGCUGCUGUAUUUUGUAUCGGCUGACUUCAGAAGGUUUGCUGACCCACAGUUGUGGAUAGAGGCCUCAUUUCAGACAUUUUUAACUCUGGGUCCAGGCUGGGGAGGACUUAUGAUGAUGGGAGCACACAACAAAUUCCGGACAAAUGUAUUACGAUCGUCGAUACUAUCAACAACGGCGACCUUGACCUUCGGAAUAAUCAAUGGCCUCGUGGUGUUUUCCGUACUUGGUGUAAUGUCAGAGGAGAUUGGUGUGCCAAUCGCAGAUAUGAUGACCUCAGGCGAUACUUACAGAACCAUUUCUGAUGAUCUUAGAGGAAAUAUUCCCGAAACUAUUGAAAAAUCGAAGGAUCACUCUGUUGGCUGUUGUCAGUUUUGUGAUGUUUCUUCUAAGCUUGCCGCUCGCUACACAGGUACACACAGGGUAGAUCGUGAUGUCCGCCUGUUGCUCAGCCGACCACUUCCUUCCAUUGUCCGUAUAAGAAGAGCAAAAUUCCUGUGA